AACCGCCUAACAGCUACCUAGAGCCUCAGUAGAGCCUCAGGAGAUAGCUGCUGUCGCGUCCCGGGUCCACAGCAUUUUAAAUUAUGGAUUCUGAAGAAAUGACUGAAGAACAUCAUCCAUUUGCAGACAUCUUUAAUGAAGAUGAAACUGACAGGAACUGUUUGCUGUCCAAACCGACUUGCUUUAUUAUAUUUGGAAAACCUGGGGCUGGAAAGACAACAUUAGCCCGUAACAUAGCACAGGCAUGGAAAUGUAUUCGUGUUGAAGCUUUAUCGGUUUUGGAAGAGCACAUUGCCGCUGAGAAAGAGACCGGAGCUAUGCUGCAGUCACUGCUGGUGAGCGGUCACAGCGUCCCAGACGAGCUGGUCACGAAGUUGAUCCUAGAGAAGAUCAAGUCUCCAGAAGUUGCUCACUUCGGCUACAUCCUCACUGAAAUGCCAUCACUUGCACAAGAUAACAUGACCUCUUUGAAGCAAAUAGAAUUUGUUAAAAAUUUAGAAUUGCAACCUGAUAUCAUAAUCAAUAUUAAGUGCAGUGACUACGAUUUAUGCCAAAGAACUUCUGGGCAGCGGCAGCACAGCACUACAGGCUAUGUAUACAGCAGGGAGCAGUGGGACCCAGAAAUCAUUGAGAGUCGCAGGAGAAAGAAGAGGGACUUCCCCAAGGAAGGGAAGUCUGAAGAGGAAGAAGAGGAAGAAGAACAAGAAGAAGAGGAGGCAUUCAUAGCUGAAAUGCAGAUGGUGGCUGAGAUUCUCCAGCACCUCGUCCAGAGGCCCGAGGACUAUUUGGAGAACGUUGAAAUCACUGUGAAGCUUUACAAGGAGCUACUGCUCAGUGCUUUAGAGGAGGUAAUGGCUGAGCACAAUCCCCAGUAUCUCAUCGAGCUAGAUGGGAACAAGUCACCAGAAGAGCUCUUCAUGACAGUCAUAGAGCGGCUGAAGUACUUGAACGUGAGACGAGCAGCCGUCAUAACCAAGCUUCAGGGUACAGAAGAGGAAAUGACUGACAUAAUAGAUACUGAAGAGCUGUUCCGUACAGUGUCGUCGUAUAAACUCAUUGCGCCAAGGUAUAGAUGGUACCGAAGCAAGUGGGCACGUUCUUGUCCGGUGUCCUUAAAGGAUGGGAACAUUUAUUCAGGAGCAGCAGACUAUACCGUGAGUUUUCUAGGUAAAAUGUACUGCCUUUCUUCUGAAGAAACGCUAAAAUUGUUCUCACUGAACCCCCGCCCCUUCCUCCUACCACCUAUGCCUUUGCCACCAUGCAAAGUCUUUAUAUUUGGACCUGAGCGCGUAGGGAAAACAACGCUGGCCAACCUGAUUGCGGAACACUUCAAAGCCAAGGUAAUUGACUAUGCCGAACUUGUUCAGCCACGUUUUGACAGUGCCCGUGAAAAGCUAAUAAAAGACACCAUAACUGAAGCCACUAACACAGCCAUCAAAGUUGUGCAACAGCGGCUUCUGAAUGAGAUGCAAGCCAAACAGCAAGAGGAGAGAACCCUGAAGGAACUGCAGAUGCAAUACUCAAAAAGAGAGUACAACGACUUCUUGUCAAAAAGUUCUGAAGAGUUACUGUCUCUGGAAGACACCGGCUCCAAAUUAAGCUCCUUAGAGGUUAGCCAGGAAGACAAAUCAAAGUCGGAGACCACCGUGACCGGGGACCAGGUUAAAGAUGUCUCCACAGAAGAGUCGAUAGAAGAGGUGACAGAGAAACACCCAGAGGUGUCUGCCAUAUUAGAGGAUACUCUGAGACAUGCCAAGGAGUUGAACUUUGAGCAGCCACAUGAUAAACAGGCUGAAAUACUGGAGGAAGUCAUCAAAGAGGAAACAGAAGAUAACAAGAAUAGGUUCCCUGGUGCCCCAAAAUAUGGAGGAUGGAUUGUGAAGAACUUCCCUUUAAUUCGAGAACUGUGGAUGUCCCUAAUAGAAAAAGCACUUCUACCUGAUUUGGUUGUCUAUUUAUCAGAUGCAGAAAGCAAUGGAAAACAUGUGUUAAAUAGAUUAUAUUUAAAGAAUAAGGCAGAAAUUGAUGGUAAGAUUUUAGAAAGAUUGCAAGAAGAAGCUCAAGCCAAAAAGAGAGAGGAGGAAGAAAUCCGAAAAGUCAAAGAAGAGGAACUGAGACUGGAAGAAGAAAAACAAAGGCUGAUGGACCUUGCAACUAAGAAAUCAAAAGACCCCGACUAUCCUGACAAUGAGGCCGAGGAGGAGGUUGAUGUUGAGGACUCUGAAAUUCAUGAGGAGUCUGAGGCACAGGAAAUACCUGAGUACACCCGAGGGUCAUCAUUGCCUGAGGCGUCCGAAACAUCUGAGACCCCAGAAGGAGACCAUGAACCUGAAGCAGAAUUCAAGCCUCCUGGGGACACUGCAGUGGAAGCAGAAACUGAAAAGGAUUCCAAAGAGGGCCCGGGGUCUGAAGAGCUUCUGAAAGUCAUGCUGCCGGAGUUUCCAGAAGAUGGCUACCCUAAUGUUCCUGAAAUGGAGCCACUGAAGGAGGUGCUGAGCAAUCACAUUCUCUCCUGGAAACAACUGGAGCAGACGAUUGCGGACAGCAUAGUUUCGACAUUAACAGUGGACAUUUCCAACAAAACGCCCCAGGAGAUCCUGCAGCGUGUAGUUGAGACCAUGGAAAGGCCUUUUAAGUAUAGCGCCUGGGAAUUAAAUGCUGAAGAUUAUGAAGAAGAAGCAGAAGACUAUCAGGCUGAAACAGAAAUCGAUGAGGAGCAGGAGGAAGAGGAAGAGGAAGAAGAGGAGGGCGAAGAAAAAAUUAAAGAAAAGAGAAGACACAUGGGAGAUACCAAACACUUCUGCCCAGUGGUUCUCAAAGAAAACUUUGUCCUACAACCGGGCAACCCAGACGAGGCUGUUAAGUACCGAGAAAAGAUCUACUACUUCUCAAGCACCGAGGCAAAGGAGAAGUUUUUAGAGCAUCCUGAGGACUACGUGUCCCAGAACGAACCAUUAAAGGCUCCUCCGCUAAGGAUUUGUCUUCUGGGUCCUCACGGCUCUGGCAAAACUGUGUGUGCAAGAAAGCUGGCAGAAAACUUUGGCAUUUUUCACAUUCAAUUUGAUGAAUUUCUCCAAGAAAAAAUGCUGCUCAAGGCUGAAAGGAAAUUUGGACCUGAAUUUGAGGAUGAUUCCGAGGAGGAGCAAUUGGUGAAGCAAGAACUUGAAGAGCUUGCAGCUCAGGCGAAUGUGAAGAUUGAAGAGGACACUACAAAGAAGCAGCUUCCAGAUGUACAACUCACAGAGGAAGAAGAAGCAAUCAAGUUGAGUCUAAAUGACAAUGAGCCCCUGCCUUCAGAAAUUCUAGACCCCAUUCUUUCUGAGUGGUGGCUUAAAGAACCAAUACGCUCCACGGGCUUUAUACUGGAUGGCUUCCCGCGGUACCCUGAGGAGGCCCAGUUUCUGGGCGAGCGUGGAUUUUUCCCAGAUGCUGCCGUUAUAAUACAAGUCGAUGAUCAAGAUAUCUUUGAUCGUCUCCUUCCUGCCCAAGUUCAGAAGUGGAAGACAAAACAGCACAAGAAAUUAGAGAGGAAAAAACUCAUCAAAGACCUGAAGACAAAAAUCAAGGAGGACAUGGUCGCUAAAAGGAGAGCUGAACUUAUUUUGGAGAGAGAGAAAAAAAGGAGAGGAGACGGCACCUUUAGAGAUGAAGACGAGUUUAGUGACGAAGAUGCUGAUUACGAGGAUGAUAUUGAGAACAUCCUUGAGGAAGAAUUUCCAAAGGAUGAGGAAGAGAUGAGCGAAGAAGAUGAGGAACAGGAAGCAGACGCAACGGAACGCCUGAGAAACGAGCUUGGGGAGAAAUUUGAAACAGAAACAAAUAAUAUCCAGUCGAUACAGGAUGAAUUCGACAAGGUUUUGAUACCAAUAAUUAUGGUCAACGGAGCUAGGAAAAUGCAUAUUGUACAAUAUGUAAUGAAUAUGAAAUUGAAGCCCCUGGUGGAAAACCGUGAGAGCAUUUUUGAAAAGUGUUACCCGGUAUCCUCACACCUCGCUCAUAAAAUGCUCUCCUUCACCUACAAACACAUGAGUUCAUUUGGCUACUGGGACCCUGUAAAGCUAAGCGAAGGAGAGACAAUCAAACCUGUUGAAAAUGCAGAGAACCCGCUGAACCCUGUAAUCCAUCGUCACUACAUCUAUUUCUUAUCUAGUAAGCAAACUAAAGAGAAAUUUAUGAUGAAUCCCAUCAAAUACAUCCGGCAACCCAAACCCAAAGCCACUAUGCCUGUGCGGAUUAUGAUUGUGGGGCCUCCCAAGUCAGGAAAAACUACAGUUGCCAAAAAGCUUGCAAGUGACUAUGGCUUAAGAUGUUUGUCGGUGGGAGAUGCAUUGCGUGGAACAUUAAGCAAUCACCCAGAUUCAGAGCUGUCACUGAUGCUAAACUGGCACCUUCACAAGGGGAAGACGGUGCCUGAUGAACUGGCUAUUCAAGCUUUAGAUAUCUCUCUGAUGGAAAGUGUGUGCAACACAAUAGGUGUGGUCAUCGAUGGCUACCCUGUCACCCCACACCAGAUGGAUCUCUUAGAGGCGAGGUCAAUCAUUCCCAUGAUCAUCUUUGAGUUGCAUGUGCCGUCCAAGGAGAUUUUCAAAAGACUGCUCUUAGAGAAGAAGAUUGAGCAAAGUAUGUCAUAUCCAAUGCACAACAGCUCACAGAUCAUAGCUUAUAAGAAUGCAAAGUACCGUAAAAACAUCAAUGAGAUCAGGCAAUUUUAUCAAAAGCAGCAUCAAAACUGGCAUGUGAUUGACGGCUUUCACAGUAAAUGGUGGGUAUGGAAUGAAGUCCUCAAAGACAUCCAACAGAUGAAUAAGUACAUACAGACAUACAUGAAAAAAAUAAAGGAAGGGAAAGCCGCAUGCAUUGACAAAUUAUGCAUCACGCCUGAGGAGCUGAUUGCGCGCCUGGGAGAGUUUAAACAGUUCUGCCCUGUCAGCCUAGCAGAAUCGAAUGAACUAAUUGAUUGCUCCGUAACUAGCAGUUUGGAAUUUGCAGCAGAGUUCAGGGGACACUACUAUAAAAUGAGUUCCCAGGAAAAGCUAAAUAAAUUUCUGAAGGACCCGGAACUGUAUGUGCCUCCCUUGGCACCUCAUCCACUCCCACCAGAUGACUUGCUUCCCAAAAGGCUUACACUGUCAGAGCUGAAGGGUCGCUUUCCUAAGUGUGCUGAGCUCCAGGGCUACUGCCCAGUGACUUACCAGGAUGGAAAACAAAGAUAUGAAGCCCUAGUGCCUGGUAACAUUCGAUAUGCUCUAGAGUAUCGUAAUUGCAUAUAUAUUUGUGAGAGUGAAGAAAAACUCCAGAAAUUCAUGAGGUCACCAAUGCAAUACUGGAACCAGAAGCUUCCACGCAAACUUCCCCCGUUAAAGGAAUCCAUCCACCUCACCAGUCUGCCUUUGCCUGGGUAUCUGGAACAGGGGACAGCAACUUCCCUGAUCAAGGCAAUGAAUGCGGCAGGGAACCUGAAACCCAAGCUCCCCUUCCUAAGUGUGAGGAGGUCCGUGCUCCUUUACAUAGCAUUUCAUCUCAAAGCAUUCAAUCCCAAGGGUUCUGAAUAUUCAAGGAAAAAAUAUAAGAAGAAGAUGGAGCAGUUUGUGGAAAGAUGCGAACUCAUAACGUACCUCAGUUCCAAGAUGACCCGGAAGUACAAGGAGCCUCAGUUCAGAGCCAUCGACUUCGACCAUAAGCUACAGACUUUUUUAUCCUUGAAAAACAUAGACCCAGUUACUGGGUAGCUUGCUUAAGUUACAGAGACCCAAAUCCCAGAACUCUCCAAGGGACAGAGGGAAUUGAAGAGCAGAAUUAAUACCCUGCAUUUUCUGACGUAUACUUCCCUCCUGCCUGAUGUUGUGUAUGUAGUUCCUGGGCCUCAGAUGGACUCAAAAGGCCUAACCAUGAAGGGUCACCCUCUGAGUAUUCACUCAGCUUUCAACUUUAUUCCUUUUUUCCCCCCUAAAUUUGAUGCUCCCACAAAAUAGGCAUUCCAUUUGAGAUAUUAAAAUGUAGACGUACUACAUCUA